AUGAAGUUUGAUGACAAAGAAAGCGGACAUCACGAAGGAGAAUCAGUGUUGGCAGACCAGCUCAAGCAAACAGUACGCGUUUACUGUUUUAUACUUACGACACCUGACGCGAAAGAUAAAAAGGCCGUGCAUGUCAAGGCUACCUGGGCGCAACGUUUCAAUGGGUUUGAAUUUAUAAGCAGCGAAAAUGACCCAUCCCUUCCAGCCCUGAAGGCUGUAGAAAAGGAAAGCCGGAGUGUUCUUUGGCAGAAGACGAUUUUUGGCAUGAAGAACGCCUACAGGAAACACUUCGAGAAUUUCGACUUCUUCAUGAAAGCCGACGACGACACCUACGUCAUUGUUGAGAACCUUCGUCUCUUGCUAUCCAAACUGAACCCACAGGACCCAAUUAUACUGGGCCGUCACUUUAAGGUCAGUCGUCUUUAA